AUGACAAUUGAAGACUUUUCUGGUAUAGGGACUGAACAGAGAAACCCAAAGACCAGUCACAUUGACAGUUUGUCAACUGACAGACUUUUAAAGUUAAUGAAUGAGGAAGAUACCGGAGUUAUCGAACAAGUAUCUAAAGUUAUACCUAUAAUUUGUGAUGUGGUAGAUGACUUAGCUCCUAAGAUUAAAGCUGGUGGAAGAUUAUUUUACUUGGGAGCAGGAACUAGUGGAAGAUUAGGAGUUUUAGAUGCUUCAGAAAUCUUACCUACUUAUUCAGCACCUGAAGGACAAUUUGUUGGUUUGAUAGCUGGUGGUGAUGUAGCAUUAAGAAAAGCUCAAGAAUUCUCCGAAGAUAGUGAAACUGCUGCUGCUGAAGAUUUAGCUCCUUUCAAUGUUACUCAAUUAGAUACUAUUAUUGGGAUUGCUUCUUCUGGUAGAACUCCUUAUGUUAUGGGAGCUUUGAAAUAUGGUCAAAGUAUUGGUGUCAAAACUAUUGGUUUAGCUUGUGUUCUGAAUAGUCCAAUGGAAAAACAUAGUGAUUUUAUGAUCAGUUGUGUUACUGGUCCUGAAAUUGUUACUGGAAGUACUAGAAUGAAGGCCGGUACCGCCACCAAAUUAAUCCUUAAUAUGAUAAGUACCAGUGUUAUGAUUAAAAUAGGUAAGACUUAUGGUAAUUUGAUGGUAGAUUUACAACCAAGUAACAUCAAGUUACAAGACAGAACUCGUAGAAUCUUCAAAGCUGUCGUUCCAGGGCAACUUAGUGAUGAUGAUAUCGAUAACCUUAUUAAAAAAUGUGGAUCUUUGAAAACUGCUAUUGUAGUUGGAAAAACCGGUAUUGAUAUAGAGGAAGCUAAAACUUUGAUCGAUAAGAAUGGAGGUAAUUUACGUCAAGCCUUGGAUUCUAUUGAAGAUAAUGUUUCUGAAGCUUCUAGUUCAGCUAAUGGAUCAGUAGCUUCAGAUAUUUCAAGUCCUCCAGCCAAAAUACCCGAUUUCAGUGACUAUAAUUUGGCUGUGGAUAUAGUUAAUGAUGAAUGUGAAGUUGCCUUGUUCAACAAAUCAGUUUCUUAUUGUAAAAAAGGAGCUUUCAAAGGUGAUUUCAAAAACUUACUUGUACAGUUAUUAGUUGAUGCUGUCACAUCAUAUGAUGGACAAGUGUUAAAGAUCAACGGAGUUAGAAUUGGUAGUAACAAUGAUUUUGACUUAAAAGAAGAAGAUUUGAAAGGGUUAGUGGAUUAUAAAAGUUUAGAGUAUGUAAAAGGUACACCAAAGUUCUGUGACAUGAUUAGAUUUUUCCAAUAA